GGCGGAGAAAAGAGCCCUCUCUUGACAGAUAAUGGUGGUGGUGAUGGCAGAGGUCGCUAUCGGACAGUGAGUGGGGCAUCAGUGGACUCAGCUCCCCCUGCCCCACCGUCAUCCCGGCCCUCUCUCUCCCUCACCUCCCUCACUGGCUAUGUCCAGCAGCUCAGGGCCUAUCUACCCAAUGCCCCUACCACUGGAAUUCAGGGGCCAGUUCCAGGGGAAGAGGAGGUGAAAGAAGACGGUGAAGUGUCUCAGUCUUCCCUGGUGUCUCCUCCAGGGAGUCCAGUGCUGGACAGGAAACUCACCAGUCACUGGAACCAGAUGGACACCAAGGAGGUGGUGAAAGAUGCUCUUCUGCGAGGGUGUCUGCCACUGGCACAGGUCUACCUACUCCACCACAGCUCAUCAUCCAAUAACAAGCCCUCACUGUCGGUUAGAGAGAGUGCCACCCUCCCUGCCAUGCUGGCCAUAGGCAGUGGGUUUGUGCUGGAGGCUCUUGAGAAUAGGUCUCUCCAGCUGGCUACUUCACUUCUCACUCAGAUGUGUAUGGAUGUACCGACUUCUCUGAGGCAAGUCUGCUUCCACACCAUCAACAGACCACUUCGAGACUUUCUGGCUGGAGAGCUGAAAGAGAGAGACUGGCUGAGUGAGAAGGAGAGCCAGGCGCUUGACUAUCUCCACCUCCUGGAGUCCUACCAUCCUCUACAGUCCUAUGAAGAGGCCCAGACCAUACAGUCACAACACAAGACUAGACCAAUGGCCUACCAGUCCACUAGUCUUCCAUUUGUCCCUGGCAUACUGACCAAGACCACCUCCCUGCCUCCCGUGGGGGAUCUACAUCAGCUCUACCCCGAGACCUUUGGUGGAACUCACACCCUCACCCAUACUGACACCUCUUCCUCAUCUCUCCUCUCCCCCACCACCACCACCACCUCCUCCUCGCCCACAAGUCCCCCAGCACUCUACUUGCAAGUCCCGCUGUGUGUGGUGCUAAACUGGGACACGCCCACCAGACAACAGCUCCUCUACGAAGUCUUUGUUCUGAGGAACCAAACACAUGGUACGGAGUGUGAGCAGCUUGUGGGCAAGGAACAAGUUUUUGACUAUGUCGUGCGACACAAUGACUCGGAGAGUGCCCUCAGGUUUGUAAUGAGCAGGGUCCCACCCCUCGGAAGCCCCUCCCCCUACCCGACCGAGAUUGUCUCCCUGUGCUCAAAUCUGCCGCAGUGUGCCGGUCACCUGAGGGACAGCAUUCUGGAUGAGCUUGCAAGGCAAGGAGUGCUGAUACCAUCUGAGCUACAGAGCCUGCCCGUGCUCCUGGCCAGACUUGGACGCACACAUUCCCUCUUUUCCCACCCUCACCCCCUCUCCAAGCACCAAGACCACACACCCUUAUCUGCUGAAGCCCCACCCACUCCUUCCGGCAGCAGCGAGGGAGAGAUUACGACAGCGGGGGCUCUGUUGAGCCUCGAAGAUUUCCAUUCCUCUUUUAUCCAUUAUUGCAUCACCAAUGGUUUUACCAGCCUACUCUACCACUACCUCGACUGGUACAGUCUGGCCCUGGAUGAGGGCUCCAUGUCAUCUCUGGGUCUGACGGAGAAGGCAGAGGAGCAGCCCUGGGUGGACACACUGCUCAAGUUCCGUCUCCUAGCUCUCAAUUCAACUGAGCCUGGUGCAGUGUUCCAGGCCAGUCUGGCAUGUGGGCGUCUCCUGCUGAGGGUUCAAAGGGGCGUUGUCAUGGAGAUGCUCCAGUUCAACAAAACUCUCAUGGCCCUGGCCACACUCAUGUAUGCUCCAGUUCCCAUUGAGGAGUUGCAGCACUACCCAACCCUCCAGGCUGCCCUCUUUCCUCCACCACCCACCUCCCUAACUGCCGCCCAAUCUCAGGACAUCUCACUCUACAAACUUCUUCAGGGGACAGUUCCGUUUGAUGUGUCACGGCUGUUCAAGUGGCAGCCCACCAAUACCCUGGCCACCAUGGAGGACACUGCCGAUGGUCCUCCGGUCAUCCCCCACUUCUCCCAGCCACGGUUAGCUGACAGACAUGCCAGGGUGGAGCACCUCACAUAUCUCCACUACCUGUCCCGAGGCCAGCCCUCCUUUGCCUUUGCCAACUUUAUGGCCGCCAAGCUACUGGGUCGCUCCAAUACCACCAAGAGGAUUGACCGGGCAGUGUGCCGGGUGUACAGACUUGCCAUGCAAGACUUCACCAACCACCGACUGGUGUCCUCGUGUGCCGCAUUCCUAGAGAUGGUGGACCGGGAGUCCCGUCUCCUGAGAGUCGACAUCCAGGCUGCAGUCCGGAUAGCUCGCUACUCGUCCCUCUCUCCUCCCGAGGCUGAGAAACUAUAUCAUCGGAGUAGAGCACUAGAAGAGACACAGCAAAGUAAUGCAAAAAUCGCCUCUCAGUUCAUCCAGAUGUAUGGGAGUACAGAGGGACAGGGUGUGGCCUCAGGUCUCCUGCAACAACUGGAGACUGCCACACACAACCUCAUCUCCUCCUCCUCCAUCGACAGGUGUUGUCUCGAGGCAGAAGAGCAGUGGUCCCUGGUGCAGGCAUUCUGCAGCUGCCACUCCCUCCCUCCCUCCGCUGCCUACCUCACCGUCUGUGCCGAGGAUGGCCAGUGGCUACCACUCCUCUGCCACGCCCAGCUUCAUCAGGUUCCCCCACAGAAGGUUCUCCCCAUAAUUGAGAAGAGUUUCUCAAAUCCUCACAUCCAAGAGCAUCUUCGUCUGGCACUCUCCUCCAUGGACCCCACGGGACCCACCACUCUCGCUUCUUCACAGAGAGGAGGUAAAGGGUUCCCAGAGAGACCAAAGACCAGGAGAAGACGGGCCAACACUAGGGCUCGUCUCACACAGGGACUCCAGCAGCAGACUCUGCUCCGAACGAAACCUGACAUCAGAGCCAAACUUUACUCAAAGAUUGGUCUCCAGAGAGAGAGAUCUCCACAACCUGACUCUGCCAAGCAGGACAAGACCCCGACUGAACAACCAUUAACCUCUACACGUACCAUAGCUGGCGAUCCGGGUGAGGGUGAAAGUCCACCUGCCCUCUCUCCUGACAACCUCCCUGAUGACCUGUUUGCCAUUCUCUUCAAGUGCCAGUCCCACAGCUGUCCCUGGAGGGCUCUUCUUGCCCACGCUGUGGCCCUACAGAGACCUCUGCUUGCCAUUCUCGCUGCCUGCAAUCAGGAGGCAGUGAUGGUGGACUGCUUGUGUGUCUGGCUCUACUGCACUCUUGGCGUUGAGCAGCUCAGCAAGGCUACUGUCCUCCUUGGGUUGAUGGGUGAACACAAGGAGAAGGAGGGUAAGGCCUACCUGAGUCCCAGAGUCCAGUGGCACCACUGGAGUCCCCAGGACCUGGCCCUCAUGCUGGCUGUCUCUCUCCAGCUCCCUGUCUCCCACACUGCCCCUCACUUCACUCUCGCCUUCCUCUACUUUGACCAGAACAAUCCUCUGCUGAGUUUCUUCAAGUUCCAUGAGCAGUUUCACUCUCUACUGCAGCCUGGACCGCUGCAAGAACCAUCUCCUAGAGUUUGA